AGAGGAUUUCCAGUCUGAGAUUGAUGAGAAGGAUAAUCCUGUAGCAGCUCUCUGGUCCAGUCCCCACAGUCUGUCUGGACUGAAGCGCAGAGCCGCAGGAACCCUCCAGGUACUCCACGAUCUUCACUCUGAAGACCCUGCUGCAGUCCCACUCUCUUUUCAGGUCACGCUGAAGACAACGGCACCAUGGCUCACUCGUUCACUCGCAUGUUUUCUGGCCGCAAAGCAGCCGUGCUGCUGGCCGGCCUGGGCGCUGGGACUCUGGCCUCAGGCCUGGUCCUCACCAGCUCUUCUGCUGCGGCAGAGAGGAAGAGGCUCUACCCUCCCAGUGCUGAUUUCCCUGACCUGAGGAAGCACAACAACUGCAUGGCAUCUGCCCUGACCCCAAGUAUUUAUGCCCACCUGCGGGACAAGACCACCCCCAGCAGCUGGACCCUGGACCAGUGCAUCCAGACUGGGGUGGACAACCCCGGCCAUCCUUUCAUUAAGACAGUGGGGAUGGUGGCAGGAGACGAGGAGAGCUACGAGGUGUUUGCCGAGCUGUUUGACCCCGUUAUCAAAGACAGACACAAUGGCUACGACCCUCGGACGAUGAAGCACCCGACUGAUCUGGACUCCUCAAAGAUUUCCUCAGGAAUGUUCGACGAGCACUACGUGCUGUCCUCCCGCGUCCGUACUGGCCGCAGCAUCCGAGGCUUGAGUCUCCCACCUGCUUGCUCCCGCUCAGAGCGCCGCCAAGUCGAGCAGGUGGUGGUCGCUGCUCUGUCCGGGUUGAAGGAAGACCUCGCAGGUCGCUACUACAGUCUGGGGGAAAUGUCUGACAAAGAGCAGCAGCAGCUCAUUGACGAGCACUUCCUGUUUGACAAGCCGGUUUCUCCGCUGCUGACUGCUGCUGGCAUGGCCAGGGACUGGCCGGACGCUCGAGGAAUAUGGCACAACAACGACAAGAACUUUCUCAUCUGGAUCAAUGAGGAGGACCAUACUCGAAUCAUCUCCAUGGAGAAAGGAGGGAACAUGAAGAGGGUGUUUGAGAGGUUCUGCAAAGGACUCAAAGAGGUGGAGGAACUGAUCCAGAAGAGAGGAUGGGAGUUCAUGUGGAACCAACGGCUGGGCUACAUCCUCACCUGCCCUUCUAACCUGGGAACUGGACUGAGAGCCGGAGUUCACAUCCGCCUGCCACUACUCUGCAAGGAUCCCCGCUUCAAAAAGAUUCUGGAUAACCUGCGGCUCCAGAAAAGAGGCACCGGCGGGGUGGACACGGCCGCGAGUGGAGACACUUUUGACAUCUCCAAUCUUGACCGUCUGGGCAAGUCAGAGGUAGAACUGGUCCAGCUGGUGAUCGAUGGCGUGAACUAUUUGAUAGAGUGCGAGAAGAGACUGGAGAAGGGGCAGGACAUCAAGAUCCCCUCUCCUCUUCCUCAGUUCAGGAAGUGAUCAAUAGCCUUGUAAAGGAUUCUUCUACCUAAGAUGAGAGUUUGACUUUUGUCAAUAUCGCUCAUUCUGGCAUCCCUCUUCAAUAAAGCAUGUAUUUUUAGUAGCAAAAUAAAA